AUGAUCGCCUCAAGUCACUUGGUCCCUCUAGAAGGACGUCACCAUCAUCAACAUCCUCUUCAUCCUCCCGAAGUGGUUCAGCAGCCACGCCGCUUUGCCUGCGAUCGCUGUCGUAUGCAGAAGUUGCGAUGCGAGAGGGACAUUUGGAGACCCUCUCUUAUGCCAUGCAAGCGUUGCCGCAAGGCACGUAUAGCAUGCACCAUCAGCUCAAUGGAUCGUCCUGUGAGUAAAAAGAAGUCGAAGGAUAGAGUUCUUGCAAUCACGAGGCCAGAGAAGACAGCCACGAUCAGGCACCCACACUGUACUCAAGGCGACUCAUCACCGCCAGGAGUACCCGACCAGUUGCCGGUUAACAAUACUGUCGGCUUCUACCACGAAGUAAUUCCCGACCGGAUGGCGAUGCUGGGACCAGGGCUGCAGCCAGAAGAAUGCUAUUUAGUCAACAGUGGGUUUGAAGACUAUCCGGUACCUAUAUUUUCAGGCUUGAUAACGCCCCCUUCUAUGGAAAAUGAGCACGAGAAACAAAUGCCAUUACAGGCGACCUCCUUCACAAUGGCCCGACAGCAGGAUUGGACGCCUGAGAGUGAUUGUAGCAAAGCCUCGGAUGGCUAUGAGUUCGAUGACCCUUUCCCUUGUUUGGAUGACAGAGAGCAGUGGUGGGACCAGGAAAAUCUCAGAAGACUACUUGAUAUGAAUAUGCAUCUCCUAGACUGUCAGAGUCUGGUAGCUCAGGAACUCACCAUGUUAGGAAAUAUGGAUGCAAAUGUCGCCUUGAAUAACCUUGAGGCGGCAUCUCGGAACGUGCUACGUUACUCACAACAAUUUCUCGAAGUUGUAAGAGUGUUCGUCGAUAGCGGUCUUGCGACAAUGGAGACCGUAUUCCCCGGCUCAAUGGCCGUAAAUCCAUUCGUUCCUCAAAUUCAUACGCCAGCCAACUCUCGACGUCCUUCGUGUGUGCAACAGACACAACAGACACCAGGCUCUGCGAUCGAGCCAAUCUUGGUUUCAGCAGGAGAGGCUACUAUGGCCCCUCAGAUCAGCCCCGUUGCUUCAUUCACAUCAUCCUCUUCCGGCCAACCAUCGUGGCAGGGCACCCCAUUUGAAGAUGUUCAAGUUUCAUUGAUACUAGCCACAAUCAACUGCUAUACCUGCUUGGUUGGCAGUUAUCAUAUUAUUCUCUCCUACCUCCUUCACGAAUUAAUGGCUGUUGUAACUCCAGAACAUAGUCAGUCUUCACCAACAUUUUCGGGCUUUGCUGCUGCAUUCGCUGCCACCGCUCAUAUUCAACAACCUGAUCGGGACUCGCAGCUUCGACUGAUUUAUCAUAACUCUAUGGGUAUGCUGGCACAACUCGAAUUAAGCCUCGGAAUCCCUGAACAGCAUUGUGUUGCUUCAUGGGCAUUGACCUUCCCAGGCGUUGGGCAACCUCAUCGUCACGAGGGAAUUCUUUCUGGCUCUGUGGCUGGAAUCCUUCUCAGCACACUUGUUAACCAAAAAUUCGGACUGUGUGUCAACGGGCUGGCCACAGGCAAGAACUCGAUGAAGGAAGUAAUCUCAACUAUCAACCAGCUCCUCGACGCCGCUCAACCUGUGACUCAAGUUAUUAGCACAAUGAAACCAUAG